AUGUCCUGGCUCAAGUUACACAACCCUACUAUAGAUUGGCCUAAUAAGCGUAUCACUUUCAAUUCUCAAUAUUGUAACAACACUUGUCUUUCUGUUUCUAAUUCUAUCCUGGGAAAUGUCGGUGGGACUUCUAACCACCUUGAAGGCAUACCAGAAGACUUAGGAGGUGUCGAGGUAAUUGAACCUCUUGAAGGCAUCCCUAGGGAAACUGGAGGUACUGUGGAUUAUCCACUUGAAAGUAUCCCAGUAGAACUGCGCAAUUUUGCGGAGGUAUUUUCUGAGGACAUGAAGGUGACGGAACUGCCGCCGCACCGUCCUUUUGAUUUAGGGAUUGAUUUAAUCGACCCUGAUAAACCUGUUAAGGCUAUGGUAUACCCCUUGAAGGCAUCUGAUGAUGAGGAACUUAGAAAACUCCUUAAAGAACAAUUGGACAAAGGAUUGAUUCGCCCAUCCAAGUCCAAAUAUGGUUCCCCAGUUCACUUUGUCAACAAGAAAAAUGGGAAAAGGCGUAUGGUUGUGGAUUAUAGAUCCCUAAAUGCAAAUACAGUCAAGAAUGCGUACCCUCUACCUCUAAUACAGUCUCUCAUUGAGAAACUUAGGGGCGCAAAAUACUUUUCCACCAUUGACCUGAAAUCCGGAUAUAACUUGGUCCGGAUAAAGGAAGGUGAUGAAUGGAAGACUGCGUUUAAAACCAAAUAUGGCCUGUUUGAAUACCUAGUCAUGCCCUUUGGAUUAUGCAAUGCUCCUGCUGCGUUUCAACACUUCAUGAAUGAGAUAUUUAGAGACAUACUGGACGUCUAUGUAGUAGUAUAUCUAGACGACAUCCUAAUAUUCUCAGAAAGCAGGGAAUUACAUACAAAACAUCUCCAAGAGGUACUGAAAAGGCUGCAAGACAAUGCAUGCUAUUGUAACCUGGAGAAGUGUAAUUUCUAUGCGUCGGAAGUAGAUUACCUUGGUGUCAUUGCCAAUGGUGAAGGAGUAAAAGCAGAUCCCAAGAAAAUCACUCAAGCGGUUGAUUGGGCAACACCGCGCUCUGUCAAAGGGGUUCAAGAGUUUUUGGGCUUUAUAAAUUUCUAUAGACGCUUCAUACAUAACUUCUCAAAAUUGGCACAACCCUUAUACCAAUUACUCCAAAAGAAUAUACCUUGGGAGUGGGGUGAACGCCAAGAAGUGUCUUUUAAAGCUCUCAAACAGGCUCUAAUUGAAUCCCCUGUUUUAAUCCAACCUGAUCCAUACAAGGAGUUUUUCCUUGAGUGUGACGCCUCUGACUUUGCAACGGGCGCUGUCCUUAAUCAAAAGGGCAGUGAUGAUAAAUUACACCCGGUUGCAUUCCUAUCAAAAUCCCUAGCACCUGCUGAAAGAAACUAUGAUAUCUUUGAUAAAGAGUUACUAGCAGUAGUAAGGGCUUUAAAGGAAUGGCGUCACCUGCUGGAAGGAACAGUAAUCCCUGUCAAAAUACUGACAGACCAUAAAAAUCUGGAGUACUUCCAGACAAAAAGGGAUCUGAACCAAAGGCAGUUAAGGUGGAUGGGAUUUUUGGCAGAUUACAACUAUAGGAUUGUGUAUAGGCCGGGUGCACAGAAUAGAAAAGCAGAUAUUCUCUCUCGCCGUGAAGACCACAAAGCUUUUAUUGCAGCCAUUCAAACAGAUAGUGACCUUAAUGAUUUAAUAAGGGACGCUCUGCAUGAUGAUAAAGCUGUACACAAAAUCCUUAAAUCCUUGGAAGAGGAUAUACCUGUUAAAGGAUGGAAGAUUGAUAAUGGCCUACUCUACUAUCAUGAUCGGAUCUAUGUCCCCAAUGAGCCAGAAAUCAGGAAAGCCGUCUUAGAAAGCAGGCAUGAUAACCCUUCCACUGGGCACCCAGGACAGUUCAGAACCCUAGACCUCCUUUCAAGGGAUUACUAUUGGUCAGGGAUGAAACAGUCUGUAACAAAAUAUGUCCAAGCAUGCGAUUCAUGCAUACGUAGUAAACAUUCCAACCGGGCUCCUGAAGGUCUCCUUCAAAACAUAGAUUUACCCAAUAAGCCCUGGGAGGAAAUAACAUAUGACUUGAUUGUAGGACUUCCCACCUCAGAAGGAUAUGAUGCAAUAUUAACCGUAGUGGACCGCUUAUCCAAAAUGGUCCAUUUCAUACCAACGCACUCUGAUGCAACUGCGGUUGAUGUUGCAAAUCUCUUUGUAUCUUUUGUAUGGAAGUUACAUGGGUUACCCAGGAAAACCAUCUCGGACCAAGGCCCCCAGUUCAAUGCAAAGUUCCUAAGACAAGUCUAUAAGCGGCUGGGGAUAGAACCACACUUCUCCACUGCAUACAGACCCCAAGUUGAUGGACAAAGUGAACGCUUAAACCAGUUUGUGGAAAUCUACCUACGCCACUAUAUCAACUAUAGGCAAACAGACUGGGUUGCAUCAUUACCACUUGCAGAAUUUUCAUACAACAAUGGGAAGCACUCAGGCUCCAAACACUCUCCCUUCUACAUGUGCUAUGGUUAUAACCCAGACUUUACAGUUGGGAACACCAAGGAAAGCCAUGUCCCUCAAGCCGAUGACCUAGCAGACUUCCUAAAAGAGAUCCAAGCUGAAGCUAAAGCUGCUUUAGAAAUUGCUGCAAGACAAAACGCACAAUACUAUGAUCUCAACAGAAGGGAAGCAACCAAGCUGGAAAUUGGUGAUAAAGUCUAUUUGAGUAGCGCCAACAUCAAAACUUCAAGGCCUUCCCAUAAGCUAGAACAUAAGCGAUUGGGGCCCUAUAAGGUCUUGGAGAAAAUUGGCAGGAACUCCUAUAAACUGGAUCUCCCUAAAUCCAUGAAAGUCCAUCCUGUCUUCAACAUUGCCUUAUUACACAAGAAGCCAGUAGACGAGUACAACCGUGAUCCAGUCCCACUCCCCCCAGUUGUCACAGCUGAUGGAGAAGAGGAAUAUACUGUUGAAAGGAUCCUAGACUCCAAGAAAGUGGGUCGGCAAGUCAAAUACUUGGUUAAAUGGAAAGGGUAUGGACCAGAGGAUAACACAUGGGAGCCCAAGGCCCACUUAGCCAAUGCCCCUGAAAAAUUGGCUAAGUUUCACCGUGAACAUCCAGAGGCAGCUGGACCUUAA